GCCUCACACCAUCACACAGAGAAAACAGCUGAAGGAGAAUGGCAAGCAGCAAAGUUUGUCUGGUGGCAGCUCUGAGCUGCUUCAUCUUUMUUACUGUCUUUAUCAGCAGCACAGAGUCAGCAAGGUGUUGCUUGGGUUACUCAAGACGCCAACCUAACCCAAAAAGGAUUUUGGGCUACCACGUUCAGACCAUCACCGGAUCCUGCGACAUCAGCGCCAUUGUCUUCCACCUUCGAGGCGGCUUUGUGUGUGCUGACCCUUCAGUACGUUGGACCCAGAAAACAGUGAGGUUUCUCAAGGAGAGGAAACGGAAUGCCCAACGGAUCCUGAGUAAAAGACACUCAAACGUCGCCAACMAAACACUGCAGAACAGCUCAGACCUACGAGCUGGAGUCUAAUCUGCCACUGAAAACCAGAGAAGUUUCACAUUAAAACUUCUCAUUCUGUGGCACAUAUCAUAUAUACCAUAUGUUUAAUGUGGCCUUUCUCUAUGUUUUAUUCUGUUUCAUAAACAGUGCAAUGUAGUGUUUUAUUACACAAUGAGCUGUCCCUAAUAAUGUUUAAAAUAGAUUAAAAUUAUUUUUAAAGAACUAUCGAAUGCCUUUUUUGUAUGCUGAUGUUUACCUGCUGAUAUUUCUGUUUUAAAAGCUAUUCAAAAAACAUGCUGUAUUUAAUAUGAAGGUUGAAGGUAUUGUAAAUAACAAAUAAUUGCCAAUAAAUUUACUA